CGCAGUUCCUAGCUCCUCAUCAAAAUAGUCACUGCGAUCUUCUGUCAAGCUCUUUGUGACUACCAUCUCCUGAUUUGGCCAGCCAAGGCCCUCCCAACAUGAAGGUCUCGCCCCUCCUUCUGUACACCGGACUUGCUGCCGCCGCAGACGUCCUCGUAUGUACAGACGAGUCGUGCUACGCGACUGAUCCUUCUCUUCCUCGACCUACAGCAAUCACUGGUCCCGAUGGAAUAUCCUCCUCUCUGAUCCCAUUCGUAUGGACAGACUUGACGCAGCUAUCGGUCACAACCACCAUCGAGACGACAAUCACGCAGACUGAUAGCGGUGCGCUGCUCAUUACACCUACAGUGAGCGUGGUUGUCCAACCCAAAGGAUACUGGUGAGAUGGUUUUUGUCUCAGGGCAACAUUUUGACUGAUGUUCUGUAGGUGGCGUAAUCAACUCCUCGGGCCGCCAGUGACACCGCCUGGUCCACAAGCUGGCAGUACGACGGAUAUAAUUAUUGCUCCACCUGGCACCGGAGGAGGUGCAACACCGCCGCCUGGAACUCCGACGCCUGUGGUUUCGACUUCGAGCUCGACUGAUGCUGGUGGAGUGAUUGUACCGGUACCGAUCACUUUGGCACCGCCAGGCCCUCCGCCGAAUCCAGAUCCUCCAGCGCCUGGUAACCCAGAUCCGAACAAUCCUGAUAUUCCCGAUACUCCUAGUACUCCCGAUACUCCUAGUACUCCCGAUACUCCAGACCCUAAUACUCCAGACCCUAAUACUCCAGACCCUAAUACUCCAGACCCUAAUACUCCAGACCCUAAUACUCCAGAUACUCCCGAUACUCCUGGUACUCCCGAUACUCCUGGUACUCCCGAUACUCCUGGUACUCCCGAUAUUCCAGACACUCCAGACACUCCAGACACUCCAGACGACCCAUCCAAUCCAGAUAAUCCAUCCGACCCAAAUGAUCCAAACCCCAACCCCAACCCAAAUCCCAAUCCGAAUCCGAACCCCAACCCAAAUCCGAACCCAAAUCCCACCCCAGGUCCCGAUCCAGACCCAUCGAACCCUCCUCAGCCCAGCGAUACCGGCAGCGGCGAACCCACCAAGACGGACACCACAGGCGGAGAUCCGACACAAGCGCCAGAACCUACGGUACCUCCAGAGCUAAACUGCGAUGAGCCCAAGACAGCAGAGCAGUGCACAGCGUCCUGUAUCGCUAGCACGGCAUCUCCAGAUACCACGCUUACCACAGAAUGUACGACAACCGUGUGUCGCACCGAUAUCGCCUGCGACGCAGUGCCUACGACAGUAUCCGAAAUCCGGACAAAGCAAGACAACCCAGCUUGCACGCUUGCGCCUUCGCUCAGCCCGGACGGACGCAGGCCGCUAG